AUGCCCUCAUCUUGGACUUUCACCGCCGGCUACUUUAAUCCCUCCCCGACUCUAACAUCCCUCCUCCUCCACACAAGCUCCAAAAACAAUACCGUCUUGACCGCUUCCCCACAAGCCAACGGUUUCUACAACUCCCCCGGAGUCUCCGGCAUGCUUCCCGCAGCCUAUACACUCCUCCUCCGCAAAUUCCUCACCUCCGCUCAAAAACUCCAAGGACCAUCUUCAUCCAUCACUCUCCGAGAGUGGCAGAGAGGGGCCGUGAAUGAGCCCGGAGGGUGGACCUAUCAUGCCAAGGGACUCUGGGUUUCAUUCCCUUCUUCAUCCUCACCCAUAUCCUCAACCGAGACCCCAAAGCCGGCAAUCACGGUACUAGGUAGUAGUAACUAUACCAAACGAUCGUACACGCUUGAUCUUGAAACAGGUGUGAUGAUCGUAACUCGAGAUCCGGAGUUGCAGGAGAGAUUGAGGCAGGAGAGGGAUGGAUUGGGUGAGUGGGCGAACGAGGUGGGGAUGAAGGAGUUUCAGAGUAGUGAGAGGAGGGUAGGGUUGCAUGUUAGGAUUGCAUUGUGGAUUGUGGGCGUGGUGGGUGGUGCUUUGUAG